AUGGCGAGGCAAGGCUUCAUUUCUCUCCUUCUUGCCGUUCCAUUACUCGCCAAUGGGGCCCAGCCAUCGAAUCCGCAGACAUGGGCUUCACUAUCGAGUAUCAGUACAGCAACCUGGAACGCCUUUAACGCGACAGUCGCCGGACGGCUCCACGAAGGCACCCCGAUGCUGAGCCCGUGCUACCCGUCCAGUCACGAUCCAACCAAACCACUCCAUGCAGCUCAGUGCACCGCGGAGCAAGAGCUUCUCCUCAACUCGACUCUGGCGUCGAACGAGUUUCCUUGGUAUCACAACUUCGUCUGGUCGACCUGCCAAGCCACCGGCGCAUCGUGCCCCAUCCCUUCGCCUCUAUCACCCAAUAUUUCGUGUGAGCAAGGCAGUAUCUCCCCGCGAUACGUGGAUGUGCGAAGUGUAGAGGACGUCCAAGCCACUCUCUACUUCACCAGAUCCCACGGACUCCGACUCGUCAUCAAGAACACCGGUCAUGAUUACAAGGGCCGGAGCUCCGCGCCGGAUUCUCUUGCGCUGUGGACGCAUCCGUACCAACCUCCAAUCCAGCUCCUCAAGAAUUUCACUCCCGAAGGCUGCUCGGCCCCGGCGGGAGAUGUGAUUAGAUUCGGGGCGGGACAACAGUUCAAAGGCAUCUAUGACUUUGUGCAUGCACGGGGGUAUCGGGUUGUGGGAGGCGGGUGCGAUACUGUUGGGGCCGCAGGGGGAUGGAUCACUGGUGGUGGACAUGGGCUUAUGGCGAAUGAGCUUGGUCUUGGGGUCGACAAUGUGCAAGAAAUCCAGGUCGUACUGGCCAACGGGACAUUUGCCACUGCGAGUCGAUGUCAGAAUCCGGAUCUGUUCUUCGCGCUGCGCGGCGGCGGCGGCGGGACCUUUGGCGUUGUGAUGGAGAUGAGCAUCCUCGUCCAUCCGGAUCGACCGAUGGAAGUCUUGAAUGUUUCCCUGACCGGGUUGAAUCCCUCCUCUUCCGCCGCAAAGGAUCUGACGGGCUUGAUCAUUGCGAAUGCUGAAGGAUGGGCUGCAGAGGGAUGGGGUGGAUUCGCGAUUCCCGGCCUAGCAGACUACACCUUGGUGAUAGCCACGGCUCUACUGAACCACACGGCCGCGAUGGCGUCCGUGCAGCCAGUGCUCGACUUCGCCCGCCAGUUCAACAACUCGAUCGCCACCCUCUCCUCGGUGGCCGGGUUCCUCGACUUCAUGGGGCCCAUCACCUCGAGCCCACUCCUGCAGAUGUCGGAGGUCUCCGCCGCCGUCUCGUCGCGGAUCAUUCCACGAACGUCGUUCCAGAACACAACGAGCCAGGCUCAGCUGGCUGAGCUGAUUACCCAACUGCUGAGGUUGAACGACACUCUGCAAACACCCCCCUCACCCCGGGUCGAGAUUCUCCUUGUCGCUCCGGCGCUGUAUUCCCAGAGUCUGCCGAGGGAAGAUGAGUCUUCUGGACCCGGGGCGUCAUCGGUAACGCCGGCGUGGCGCAGCGGACUCUGGCAUCUCAUGCACACACGCGCCAUAGCCAGCAACACGAGGGAUCCAGAGCUCAUCCGGCAGGUCUGGCAGAGUGUUUCCCACGCCAUGGAUCCCCUGCGGCAGUUCACACCCGAUUCCGGUGCUUACCAGAACGAAGCUGACCCGUUUGAGCCGGACCCCGUCAGUGCGUUCUGGGGCAAGGCGAACUAUGAGCGUCUUCUUCGCAUCAAGAAAGAGGUAGAUCCAGAGAACAUGUUCACGGUGCAUCAAGGGGUGGGGUGGGACCGGAAUGAUGGGAGGUAUCAGUGUUAUCCAGAUGUGUAG